GGCGUGUCUUCAAGUGUCGUGCAUGCAUUUUAUGCAAUCUGUUUCCUUUGCAUGCACUCUCUCUCCUCUCUCUGUCUCUCUCUCCCACAAAUCCACGUUUUCUUGGGUAAAAGACUCCUAAUUACCACCGCCGUAAGCGUAACGCUCUGCUGGAAGCGCCGCCAUAUCCGCCGAGUUGACCACUCCGUUGUUCUUCAGCUCGACUUUCGUAGACCAGUAUUUUACUGCUACUGGUUGGGAAAAUAGAGUGUUACGAGGAUGAAAGAUAAAUGAGUUGGUUUUUGUUUUCGUUAUAUAUCUGAAUGGGAGGAGCACUUAGAGAUUUGGGUUCUUCGAGGAUUUGGACUUGGUUGGUGUCUUUCUUAGUUCUGUAGUUUGUACUGUUUCUUUAAUCACUGUCGAAUCUCAGAACGUUUGCGCGGAUGUACGUGCGUGUGCGACGGCGAGUGUACAUGUGUGUGUGCUUUGGUUGAUGAUGAUUUGUUUGAUUAAAUUUUUGGUCCUGGCCAGAAGGGGUUUUAGGGUUCUGAUUUAGAUUUCUGUCUUGCUCUGUUCGAGGACUUUGAUUUUGGCUUAAUGGGGCCCAAGAGUUGCAUGAAUGCUUCGUGCGGAGCUACCUCCACGCACGAAUGGAAGAGAGGCUGGCCUUUACGAUCCGGUGGAUUCUCCGAUCUGUGUCACAACUGCGGAUCUGCCUAUGAGGAUCUGGUUUUCUGUGAUAUGUUCCACUUAGAGGAAACUGGUUGGAGGGAAUGCAGUUUAUGCAACAAGCGAAUCCACUGUGGUUGUAUAAUAUCCGAGCCUUCAUAUGAGUACCUUGAUUUUGGGGGUGUCGGGUGCAAUAACUGUGUGAAAAGCUCUGGAAUUUAUCCGAUCUGGAGGGGUGAACUUUCUAAUGGAUUUGGUUUAUUAACGGUAAAGAAUGCUGCUGAUUCACUCUCCAGUCCUUUUGAAAAAAGAUUGGUCAGUGAGGAUGAGGGAAGACUUAUGCAGUUGUGCAAAAUCAUGGAAGCUGAUGAACCGAACCUCUUGCCUCAAUCUGAGAGAGGUGAGGCAAAUGCAUCUCAAGUUGGCCUAGGCUUUUCGAAUGUGACUCAACCAUCCAUUGGAUCAGCCCCAUUCACCAAAACAGACAAUAGUAGACAAAUAUUGGAGGGCAAAGAUAUGCAUGAGUCACUAGCUAAGCCAUCUUUGAAUAUGACCUUGGGAACUCCAAAUUUUGUGUUUCCCUUUUCUGGUGGCGUUGUAGAUGGAAGGGAACAGAGCAAAACACCUUCUCCCAUCCAACAAGGGCAAAGAUCUCGCCCAAUACUGCCCAAACCCACAAAAACUACCAUCACUGUAAGUUCAGAGACAAAUAAAAGUGUGGCACAGAUGCGAAUUGCUAGGCCUCCUGCUGAAGGACGGGGAAAAAACCAGUUACUUCCCCGAUACUGGCCAAGAAUUACUGACCAAGAGCUGGAGCAAUUAUCCGGAGAUUUGAAUUCCACUAUUGUGCCAUUGUUCGAGAAAGUGCUCAGUGCCAGUGACGCUGGUCGGAUUGGUCGUUUGGUUCUCCCAAAAGCAUGUGCUGAAGCAUAUUUUCCUCAUAUUUCUCAAUCAGAAGGCCUGCCUUUAAGGAUUCAAGAUGUGAAGGGGAAUGACUGGACAUUUCAGUUCAGAUUUUGGCCCAAUAACAACAGCAGGAUGUAUGUUUUAGAGGGUGUUACCCCUUGCAUACAGUCUAUGGAAUUACGAGCGGGUGACACUGUAACAUUUAGUCGGAUAGAUCCUGGAGGCAAACUUGUCCUGGGGUUUCGAAAGGCAUCAAACACUGCAGAUUCACAGGAUGCCCAGAUGUCUGCCCUUCCUAAUGGCACUCCUUCUAGGGAAACUUCCUUUGCUGGUGUUAUUGAGAGUCUGCCUUCAGGAAGUGGCUACUCUGGGAUUUUUCAAACAAUGAAAGGAAGCAAGGAACCUCACUUAAAUGCUCUCUGUGAAAAUUUGCAUUUAGGGGAGGGAGAUAUCGGGGUGAAUAAAUGUGAUAACCAUGGAGACAGGAUAAAUAAAGAUUCACCACAGCAACCAAUGCACGUUCGAGAGAAGAAGAGGACUCGAAACAUUGGCUUUAAAAGUAAGAGGCUGUUAAUGCAUAGUGAAGAGUCUUUGGAGCUAAGACUUACAUGGGAAGAAGCACAAGACUUGCUACGUCCACCUUCACGUGUGAAGCCAAGCAUUGUUACAAUUGAGGACCAUGAGUUUGAAGAAUACGAUGAACCACCAGUUUUUGGAAAGAGGACUAUAUUCACCGCCCUUCCUUCUAGGGGACCAGUGCAAUGGGCUCAGUGUGACGAUUGCUCCAAAUGGCGAAGGUUGCCUGUGGAUGUUCUUCUCCCUCCAAAGUGGACGUGUUCAGAAAAUGUUUGGGAUUCAAACAGGUGCUUCUGCUCUGUUCCAGAGGAGAUCAGUCUGAAGCAAUUGGUGAAUCUUCUGAGAGUAAGGAAAGAUUUCACGAAGCGAAGAAGUGCAGAAAGCCAUAUGUCAGUCCAAGAACGUGAGCCCUCUGGCUUGGAUGCCUUGGCCUGUGCUGCAGUUCUGGGAGAUAAUGUGGGUGAUUUGGGUGAACCCUCAGUUGGAGCCACCACCAAACAUCCCCGACAUCGCCCUGGCUGCACUUGUAUUGUGUGCAUCCAGCCCCCAAGUGGGAAGGGGAAGCACAAGCCCACAUGUACUUGCAAUGUGUGCAUGACCGUAAAGCGCAGGUUUAAAACCCUAAUGCUGCGCAAGAAGAAACGCCAAUCAGAACGCGAAGCAGAGACUGCCCAGAAGGAUGAUAACCACCUUAGGGAUGAAUCAAAAACGAAUGGUCCAUCAAGAGAUGGACUGUUGCCAAUGAAUUAUCCCGGUAAUGAAGAAAGCCACAGCGGAAAUCAAUUAGCUGAGUUGGCUGAGAUCGGCAAUGGACAAAUAGACCUGAAUUGUCAUCCCAAACGUGAAGACAUGCAACUGGAUCUGGAGGUACCAGGAAUGAGCCUGCAGAGCCUUGUUCAAGCGGCUAGCCUUCCAUUGGAAGAUUUUAUGAAGCAAAGAAGGAUCCCAACCCUGACAUGUGAGCAACUGGGUAGUCUCGAUUCCUGCAUACACCCGCAAUUAGUUACUGGGGAGAGUGAGAGACCCGGCCUCUCUGAUGAAGGGGGGCCCUGCAGCUAAGGUUUUGGGAGCUUGAGAGUAUUAAAGGUGGUGGGAGGGUUUUCAUGAGUUCUAGUCAGAGCACUGAAACCGUUCUUCCAUGAAAGAAUAGUUUCUUUAUUUUUUUAUUCCUUUGAUUUAAUCUUUUCUUCUUCUUCUUCUUCUUCCUUUUUUUUUUUUUUUUUUUGGCGAGGGUUAUCACACGAGAGACUGAAAUCGGCCAUCUGCAGCCAUGAGGAAGAGUUUGUUUUUUUUUUUUUGGUUCUCUCUCUCUAUCACUUUCUCACUAAAAAGUAUAGGUUGUUUUUCCCCUUCUAUUUUCAACGAAGCGUUGUUGCUAUCUCAUCUGUAUCUCUAUUCUCUACACUUUUUCAAUGAAAGUAAUUUUGUUCGAGCGUGAA